GGGAGAAGGCAGAGGGAGGGGAGCGGGUGGGCAAUGACAACAGCAUAGCGGGGACGGGAAAACGUAUGAGCGGAGCAAGAAAGGAAGGAGAGACGGUAGACGGACGGUCGAAGGUCGGGAUCGAGAAACAGCAGGUCGAAGGAGGGGCAGCACGAGAGGAAUUGUUUAGAGGGGACAAGGAUUGGCGGGGGAGCUGCUGCUGCUGCUGUUCAUGACAUAGCGAAAAUGGAUGGGCGAAGUGGGGACGGAAGUACAGGCGUGGAGCACGACAGAGAAGGAGGGCGUUUCCCUGCCCGUCGAGAUCAUAUGAUGACAAUGGAUGCCAUUGGAGGAAACGGCGGCGGUGGUGGUGGUGUUCACCACCAUCGCAAUGGUUCAAACAGUGACGAGGCGGACUUGUUAAGUCAUCAUGCAGGACGCAUUAGCGGUGCUUCGAGUCAGAGAGUGCGCCCACAGCUGCAAAUAGCAUUCAGUCGUCAUGAUGGGAACGAGAAGGUUGGUAGUGGUGGUGGUGGUGGUGUGAGAGAUGACAAUGCGCUUACCCCCGGAGCUGGGGGAGGGAGCAUCAGGAGGACGCAAUUGAGAGGGCACCGGCGAAGCGUAAGCACGAGUGCCGUGGAUCUGGUGGUCCAUGAGAGGACGUACAGAUCGCAGGCGGGCAGUGGAGGAGGGAGCAUAAGGAGACAGCUCCCACCUCAAGGACCGUUAUCGCCGGCGCCGCACGUGGUUCAACGGUAUCAGUCGCCGCCUCCAUCUUCGUCAUCUUCCGGGGAAGCCGAGGAGGGAUCGUCGCUCUCACAUCAGCAGCAGCAGUAUAGGCAACCGAAUGCAAGUCGCGAACAGCUUUACCAUCAAGCUCAGCAGCAGCUGCAGAGGCCUCAAUCCCAGGCUCAGCAGCAGCAGCAGCACCUGCAGCUCUUCUCGUUAUUUCAAAUGUCGUCGCCGUUGUCAGCCGGUCGAGUGACGGACGAGAGGGGCAAAGUACUAGUGGAAAUCGCCGCGCCCAUUUCUUCCUCGCGAUCUAACCUCGGGCGAUCGGCGGAAACUGGGGGCGCAGGUGCGCUGGGCGGGUUGUGUCGGGGGGUGGGUGCGUCUGGUUCUGGAGGGGAGAAGCAGUCACGCGGAGGGGGGAUGGUGGCGGUCGGCGGGGAGACCAACGUGAGAGGCCAGCAGAAGCGCGUAUCUCGUGGCAGCGCCACUCGAAGCCGGCAUGCUAGGGCAGCCACCUGGGACGGGCAGAAUAACAGAUUGAUGGAUAUGAUCAACAGUCGCGGCAUUGAAAGUGGGGAUCGUGAUAGCCCGCGAUGCAGUCCGCGCGACAGUCCCCGGGCCAGCCCUCGGUCGAGUCCGCCACGCGAUUGGACACGUAGCAGGGACGUUAACUUUGCGGGAUCUGCAGCAGGCGCUGGGGGGCGAGCGGGAGCGGUGGGGGGUGUCGCCGGCCUUGGUGCCGCCGCCGAUCGAGCACCCGUUGACGGUGUAGCAGGACACGGGGGAGAAGCGGGGGGCGGUGUUCCCGGCCUGCCACCGGCCUCUUCGACGCCAAGAGGAGGGGGUCACUACAGGCGAUCGAGCUGGGGUCACGAUCGGCCUCCUCAGAGUCAAAGAGAGAGAAGAGAUGUCCGACCGAACGACUGGAAAGUCCGGCAGGACGACGAGUUGUCGGUUUCCUCCGACAAAUCGGAUGAUAAAUCGCAUACGCGCUUCGCGACAAUCGGGGCGACGAGUGUGGAAGGGGGAGGGCGCGAUUUCCCUCCAAGUACUACCGGUAGUCAGAAGAAGCAGCAGCCGGAGGAGGGUCCCGGCGCUGCCAAUGUCGGGGAAAGCGGGAAGCAGCAACCUGCGCUGUUGCCGUCUCUAACAGCCGAUCACCACCAGGAAGCGGCGGCAUUCUGCGGAGAUGAGAGAACUGGAGUUCCAGAUGCGGGGGAGGACGGGACAGCGACGCCGACCCCGCGAUCGUGGGGAGAGGGACAGGGGGGGGGCGCGGUGGGAAAGUAUCAGGCGCCUCGGGGGCGGGAUUCCGACUCAUGCCCGUGGAGAUCGGCGAAGGGGCGAAGCAGCGAGGGGGAACGAGGAGGUGGAGGCGCUCCUGGGGUGGACGAGAGGGAGGAUCCCAGCGUUGGAGCGGCCAAGCUUCAAGAACUGUGGCGCAGCGGAAGCGGCAAACAGCUGACCGGGCUGUCGAAGAAUCGAGGAGCCGGACGCGAUGAUGAAGGCGAAGGGUGCAGAGAUGGCACCGAGGACAGUGUAGGGCGCAGCGUGGCGGGGCUGGUAGCGGAUGAGAGUGCGGAGGAGAAGGGGGCGGGGGAGACAGGGAGGGGAAGAGGUCGCGAGGUAGACAUAGGCAUCCAGAGAACUCUUUCAGGGAGAGGGGCGGCGGUAGGUGGAGGAGGUGGUGGAAUAGGGGCUCCCCCGGGGGCGAUAGGAAUGUCGAGGGUUAACGGGUCCAGGAGGAGCAGGAGCAGGAGCGAGUCCUUUGACUGGGGCGGAUCGCGGCACAGAAGUGACAUGAGCAGCAACUGGAGAUCGGGUGCUGGGGACGACUAUGGGCACGGGGAGGGUGGGGAGGAGCAUUGGGAUGCAAAAGAGAGGAAGAGAGCGAGAGAAGAACGAGAGGAGAGGCGAGACAGGGAUGAGAUACGAGGAGGGGAGAGGGACUGGCGAGAUAGGGAGUCUGCCUGGCCUCCUCACAGGGCUCCAAUUUUCGCGGGAGGCGAAGCAGAAUGGAGGAGCGGAGGAGGAGGUGGGGGGGGAGGAGGAGGAGGAGGAGGAGGAGGAGGAGGGAGCAUUCGGAAGAAGGAGACGUCGGGUUCUUCCUCCUCGGCUUCACGCCCGUCCCGAUUGAUGUUUGGCAGCAGAGCCUUGCCUUCACUCGUACAGGAACUCGAGGAUAAACUUUGGAAAUGCCUCCUGGACUGUCCUGUCUGCUCGGAACCCGUCUCCAGGAGCGCUACGAUCUGGUACUGCACGGCCUGCUACGGAAUCUUCCAUCUCGAUUGCGUAAGGAAGUGGGCGGCCGAGACGAUUGCGCUGUUUCCUCCGUUUUCCCUUCCCUCCUCCUCGAUGUCGGGGGGACUGUCGGCAAAACCUGAUGUCAGCUGCUCAUGGCACUGUCCGGCCUGCAAGUCUUUUCAGACGACGAGUCCCGCGGAGCUCGCAUGUAAGUGCUUCUGUGGGAAAAAGGAGGAGCCCACCAACAACCCCUUCAUCGUCCCCCAUUCCUGCGGCGAAACUUGUCAUCACCCCUUGGAUCGGAGCAUUACCGGGGUUGGCGGUGCCGGCGCUGGUGGUGCUAAGGACGGAGGCGGUGGCGCCAUCUUAACAGGCGCCGCCGCUUCCGCUUCGGCGGAAGGGGGUGGGUACCGCUGUCCUCACCUUUGCACCCUGCGUUGCCAUCCAGGGCCGCAUAUUACCUGCACAGCCAUGGCGCCCACGGUGUUCUGUUAUUGUCGGAAAAGCGAGAUCACGCGGAAGUGUGCGGAGUAUCAGAAGCACGGGCGGAGCUGCGGGGCGACCUGCUUGCGGCAGAUGUCCUGCGGGCGACACCUGUGUCCGCGAGUGUGCCAUGAGGGGCCGUGCGGGCUGUGCGAGGUCACGAUUAAGGCACGCUGCUUCUGCGGGCGAAAGGAGGAGCUGCAGACCUGCGGUCGCCUGAACGUCAAGGGAGAUCUGUCUAUCCCCCAACCAGGUGCCGGUGCUCCGUUAGGGGUGUUCUCCUGCGGCGAGAAGUGCGGGAAAAUGCUUGCCUGCGGCAAUCACCGAUGCGAGAGGCCGUGCCAUAGCGGACCCUGCGGAGCCUGCAGGUUGCUUCCUUCGGUGCUCAUUCGGUGCCCUUGCGGCAAGUCGCUAAUUAGAGAUCUGCUGGGAGGGAAGGAGCGAAAGAGCUGUCUGGAAUCCGUCCCGACAUGCGAAGGGCGUUGCAGAAAGAAGCUCUCAUGUGGCGAGCACGCGUGCGAGCAGGUGUGCCAUACGGGUCCGUGCCCUCCCUGCGAGGUCCUCGUUGAUCAGAAAUGCCGCUGCGGCUCGUCCUCUAGACAGGUCCCUUGCUUUCAGGUCACUCCUUCCAAUGCUGCUGUUGUUGCUUCUGCUGCAGAUACUAGUGCAACUGUCACCACCUGUAGAGAGCGCUCGAGUGGGUGGUUUGCCUGUAACACCAAAUGCGGGCGGGUGAAGAACUGCGGACGGCAUACUUGUGCGGCAGUCUGUUGCAGUGCCAUGAACCGUCCAACAGAAGAGGAGGAUGGCAGUGCGGCGAAUGAGUCGCAUCGGUGCAUGCUUGUAUGCGGAAGGAAGCUCCGGUGUGGGCGGCACACCUGCCAGGAGCUUUGUCAUGAAGGGCCGUGCCCUCCUUGCACGGAUUACCUUUCCGUGGACAAGGGGCUGUCGUGCGCCUGCGGGCGGGCUUUCAUUCCCCCGCCUGUGCCGUGCGGCACCCCUCAACCUGCCUGUCCCUUUCCGUGCUCCAAGCCGCAGAAUUGCGGCCAUGCCACUACUCAUCUUUGCCACUUCGGCGCAUGCCCUCCUUGCACGGAACCGGUGGAGAAGGAGUGCGAGGGGGGGCAUGUGGUCCUGCGAGGCGUGCCAUGUGGGUCCAGGGACAUCCGUUGCAAUGCUAUCUGUGGGAAGAUGCGUGCCUGCGGCCGGCCGUGCACACGCACAUGCCACAGACCCCCGUGCGACUCGCCCGAUGUGGCCGCAGGGGAAGACAGGGAAGAUGGAGUUAGGGAUCGCGACCGUGGAGGAGGAGAAGAUGGGAGGAGGCAGUGCUCCGCGGGACCUAUUGACCUAGCGAACUGUUAUAAUAACGAUGAUGCGGCGGAGCAGUCGUGCGUCCUGACUAUGGUGCGUAGGGAUCCCCAUUGGGUGGCGGAAGUGGAGGCCAGGCUGCGCUACUUGCUCACCCUCGAGUCUCGUUGGCGGGAGGUAUGUUCCGCGGGCGCUAUUGAGGUUGAUAGUGGGGGACUGCGGGUUCAUGUCUUCGCUUAUCUCGAGAAGGAGCGUAGGGAUGUUAUCAAAGCGAUUGCUCGAGAGUGGGAUAUGGAGGCCCUGUCUGUUGGGUGGGAGCCGAAGAGGUUCGUUGUCGUCUUCGCCACGGGCAGAUCUCAGGCCCCUCUUCGACUGCCUCUCUCUGCAGCUUUGGCAUUCUCCUCGCACGCCAACGCGGUUAUUGAGCCGGUCCUCGACAAGGACCUGGACAUGGAUCCGGACCGCGUUGUGACUUUCUUUGAUUGGCCGGAGGACUUGGACGUAGCAGCAGAGCUUGCUAAAUUCGACGAGGAAUGCGAGCUCGUCUUCCUCAGCGAACGGAACGCCAUCGCUGUGUUCGGGCAAAGUGCGGAAACGGCCGCUGCAGUUCUGAAGAGGGUGGAUGGGGCCUCCACGUACUCCGGGGCAGUCGCCCCGGUAGCUGCUGCAGCUGCUGCUGCAACUUCGUCGUCGGCGUACCUGUCUGCCACGCCAUCUGGCGGCGCAACAGCCUGGGGACGAGGGGGGCGUGCCUUGUGGGGCCGAGGGCCUGCAAUCGCGGAGAACCGGGGAGUUGCUGCUUCCAGUGAAGCUCAAGGGUCAUCAUGCGGGAAUGUGAGAGACCCGGUCAGAGCUGGGUUGAUUGGGAAUGGCAUUAAGAGCGGCAGCUUCGGGAAUGAGCUGAACUUAGCUGGAGGGAACACUUGCCUGCUAUGGGAGGGCGGAGUCGUGUCCGCUUCCUCUCCGGCUCUGUCGUGGAUGGACACAGGUGGAUGGCGCCUGCCGGAGUGGGAUAACCCCCCCCCCCCCUCCUCUUCUUCGUCGGCGGAGGCCCAGGGUUUCCGUGUCGUAAGGGGGGAAGAUGCAGAUCAGAGUAGCAGCAGGUUUAAUACGCCGGCAGAGAAGAGUCAUUCGCAAGGAGGGGCUAUUAUGAGCACAUCGGAGCCGGCACGGCAGAACGCGCCGUCGAGUUCCGAUGAUGCGGGAGGCAUUGGGAGGAGCCGAGAAGGGGUCGUGGGGAAAGGAACGUCCAGUGCAGGGUGCGCCUCAAGCCGUGACGAGUCCCCGAGAAGCACCUCGAGUGUCAUCGUCCGUAAUGACGAUGUGGCGGAGGAUGGGAGGUGGGAAACCUUGGCAGGCCUGACUUUGGGCGAGGACAGCUCCAAAGACGACGAUGAGGAUUGCUGGGAAGACGCGGUUGGGGAGGAGUUCAUUAUGUGAAUGAAAGCACGGUGUCCACUCACGGGGACGACAUCUGUCGGCGGACUUCUGUGGCGGGUGGGUUGGCUCACUCCUCCUUUUCAUCCUCGCCUUAAGAAUUUGAGUCUCAUUGUUUUGUUUCGGGUUGGGGGAUCGAUCGGACGACCUGUUUUUUGAUAAUUUUCUUUCAGUGAAUUCUUUGUUAUUGUAAUUUGCCAAUGGUUAACUGCAUUUUCGAUUUGUAGGGGACUUGUGAAGCUGAUCAUGAUGAUGUAUGUAGGAGGCGGAGAACUACCUGGAUUUUGAUUUAUCUAUCUGGAUUGAUUUACAGUAUCUAUCUGGUGAAAGAAGAUAGUACGAUCGUGUCGAAGCGACAGGCGAGGAGAUUCUGUCUGUGUGGCAGUGUGUGGCAGUGGAGGAAGGUCGUGUGUACAGCAGCAAAACUGUGGUUGGUAUGAGAAUGACAAGAUGGGCCCGCGAGCGGAGCGUAUGAACGCCGCUUUCUCUCGGACGCAAGGAGAGGGCCGUGGUCGGAGAAGUGGAAAGGAGUUAUACUAGUAUUGUGUGAGCGAGGCUUUGUUUGUCGCUUGCCAAGGUUGUGUGAGUAAUAGAUGGCGUCAUUGUGCUGAUUCCGGAGAUCUCCUCAGACGAUGAGGCCUGUCGCUAUUACUUGUAGUAGACUUGUAGAAGGGCUGGCGUGUCGUGAAGGUGUUUGAUGCCGGCGCAUGCCAAUGCCGAACGUGCACGGUUCAGUCUCUGUGACGAAGAGAAGGAUUCACAGCACCGUCUUGCGUGGAAGAUGCGCGCGUUUAGCGUGCCCUAGGACCCUAGCCGUCGAGGCCUCAGGCUCAGGUCGUGCUGCUGUUUUGCUGGUUGUACGUGCGUUUGAGGCUGUUUGUUUGUGACAUCGAAUUGGCCGGAUGGCCGUCGGCUGGUUCUUCCGCUCGUCCGUCUUGGCAGGGCGGGUGGAGUUUCGGCAAUUUUUUUACAGGGAGGAAAGUGCCGAGAAGCGGAAUGCGAUGUUGGUUGGGUUUGCGCCGGCCGGGCGGGUUGGGAGGGUUUUUUGGGGGGCAAGUUGUUGGAAUGCGAUAGCGUGGAGUCGUGGACAAUAGAGGAACAAGCAAGCGAAGGUACUUAGGUAGACAGCGGCACUUAGUUUGGUUUGUAUCAGCAAUAAUUCAGCCAUAAUUUCCGUUUAUGGCAUUUCGGGGAGGAUGACCACUUGCUUGCUCGCUCUCUGGGUAGCUCUUUGUGUGUGCCCGAUGGCCCCUCUGCUCUGCUCUUGACCGUUUGUGCGCGCGUGCGACGUUAUUCCCUGGAACGAAUGGAGGCCAGAGGCGGUUCUGAGACAUCAUAAUGAUGGAGGAGGAGGAGGAGCGGGUAUUGACGAUGAACGGGACUUCGUGUAGUGGAGGGAGCAGUGGCAACUUGAGGGAGGUAAAAUAUGGGCGGAACUGGUGCAGGUGCUCAUACUGACCGUUGCUGUAAGUUAUCUUCGGAUCGCACUCGGGAUAGGAUGUGAUUCGGAGCCAGGUCACGUAUGAUGGGGAAUGCACAAGCUUCGCAAGGCUUAGCUGGGAACGAUGACGAUUAGCGUGAUUCAUAGACAACAAAAGGAAAUUAAAAUUGAAGAGGAAUCGUUGGUGGGAGAGCAGUUGAUGAGGGCACGAUUACUUACGGCAGGAAGGAAAUUAUCGCUUCACCUAAUUUCAACAAUUGAUUGAUUUAUUGAUUUGGAAGUACAGAUUGGCAUCAGCAGGUUCAAAUGGGGAUGUCAAUGGUAGUUGAGGGUAGGCUUUUUUCCAAUAAUCCUUUCUGGAUUGGUGUCGGUUCGAGGAUGUAGGUGGCGGCUGACUUUUGUGUGUAGAGAGGGCAGUUGAGCUUCCACUGGAACCUUCUUUCCAAUCAUCUCCACCAAUUGCAGGCUACGGCUUGGGGCUCAGUACGGGACAUUUGUUUUUUUUGGUUGCUUUUUAGUCUCCCCAUU